AUGAGCAACCAUGCCGCGUCUUCAUCGCGCGCCGGAUCGCCAUCGUCAGACCCCGAUAAUGUCCUCUUUGAUCCCUCCCAUCCUCUCAAGGGCGUCGUCGUGUGCUGCACCAGCAUCUCUCCAGAACUAAGGAACGACAUCGCCUGCAAAACCGACGAACUCGGCGGCAAGCACAAACACGACCUCACCCCCGAUUGCACCCACCUCAUCGUCGGUGAUUACGAUACCCCCAAGUACCGCCAUGUCGCAAAGGAACGUCCCGACGUCAAGGCCAUGGCCGCCGGCUGGAUCGAAGCCAUCCGAAAGCUCUGGGUAGAAGAUGCCGACAUCGAUUUUAUCGCCCUUGAGAAAGAAUGGGAGAUGAAACCCUUCGAAACGGGCGGCGGCGAACCGAACCUAGUCGACGGCACAAUCGAACCUCGACGAAAACUCCUCAUCUGCUCGACUGGGUUUAUGGAAGCCGAAGAGCGCCAGCACAUCAUCGACAUGGUAGAAAAGGGCGGCGGUACUUAUACCGGCGACUUGACCCGUCGCGUCACCCACCUCGUCGUCUGCAAGCCAGAAGGCCGCAAGUACCAGGCUGCUCAUAACUGGGGCAUCAGGACUGUGACGGUCGAGUGGGUCAACGAUUGCGUCGAGCGUGGUUUGAUUCUGGACGAGAAGUGCUACGAUCCUCUCCUGCCACAAAACGAAAGGGGAGUGGGCGCUUGGAACAGACAAAGCGGCCGGAUUGCCUCCCUGGGCAAGCGACUAAGGGAAACCGCCGCCGAGGGACAAGAAGCCGGGAGGAGAAAGCUGAGAAAGACCGCUAGUAUCAAGCUCAACAGCCAAAGGGAUAGUCUGUGGGGGAGCAUCCUGGGUGUGCCUCCGGCGGCCACUUCAUCGUCUGCUGCCACUGUCCCGGCUCCCCUCACCGAAGCUUCCCAAGCACAACCGCCACCCUCAGUCCCCGCUCAACGUGAUCCGAGUCAGCAGCAGCCUUCUGGUCCAGCACAAUCGGUAGACACCCAGGGCUCAAGGCUUUCCUCGUUUGGCAUACCCCAUUACGAUUUCAUCUUUGCCUAUUGCUGCUUCUACGUAGCCGGCUUUGCACCCAAAGAGGCCGAAAUCCUCACCAACACCGUCGCUUCCCUAGGCGGCGUUGUCUGUCAAACCCUCGACGAGUGCGCGUCCGCCUCUGGCGCACAAAUGUCGCACCGCUUCCUCGUCGUACCACAGAACUCCCAACAAGACAGCCAUCCCCGUCUUCCAGACAAUGUCUACAUCAUUACCGAAUUUUACAUCGAACGGUGUCUACACAAGAAGUACUUCUUCGAUCCCAACGAACAUGUCCUCGGCCGACCGUUUCCCACGUUUCCCGUUCCAGACUUCGACACCCUUUCUAUCUCGACGGCAGGGUUCACAGGCGUGGACCUCAACCAUGUGGACAAAGCCAUUAGACAACUGGGUGCUCGGUACGAAGAGAGGUUCACGGCAGACGUGUCGGUACUAGUGGCGCCGUCAAUGUCUGUCAUAAGGAAACAGAAACUCGAAAUGGCACUACGGUGGAAGGUACCGAUCGUUAGGGCAGAAUGGUUGUGGAGGUGCAUCACCACGGGGUUCAAGUGUCCUAUCGAGGACUUUCUCUUCCCCGAACUCAACCAGGAGAUCCGUUCCAAGGAACCACUGGCGUCAAAGGACAGCCAGGUAGCAGGCAGAGAGAAGGGUACGGAGAAACAACCGAAGACCUCGAAGAUGGGACAUGUCGACGAGGAUUUACUUCCAAGACCGGCUGCUGCUGCUACCGCAAGCAAAUCACGCAGCCGCGUCGACGUCUCAGACUUUACCUCUGCUAUCCGAGAGAAGAGGAGAUCGUUAGCCUCGGAGUCUAAGAACUCCAAGGCGACUCCCGCGGUUGCAACGUCAUUAGACGAGUCCCACGAUAGCUACGAGACAGCACCAAGUCAGCGACAACCAAGCACGGCGAAUACCACCCCGGGAAAGAACAAGUCAGCAGCAGCAGCCGGCGCACCACUAGCAGACAUUUCCAACCUCUCCCAGCCCACCUCUUCUUCAAAACACCAACAAAAACAGCAACCAGCGCGAAAACCGCUAGGCAGGAUAAAAAGCGAGAUAGCAGGUUCGGACGACGGGGACUCUGCAGAGGACGAUGAUCUCCCCAUCCCCGGCGAAGACGAGUUGCCAGUCGUCGACGAAGCUCCUGGCAUACGACAGCAGUCCAAAUCACCAAGGAAGCUUAGAGCCUUGGAGGAAGAGCCGGCAAUAGAAGACCCAGGCGAAACCGCUGAAGAACUCCGCCGCCGCUUGCUCAAGGAAGCCGAGGAAAAGAAGAAGGCCGAGAAGUUAAAGGUCACGGAUCGAUUGGUCGACUUAUUGUCUACUUCCAUCACAGCGGUAGAGGCAGCAACAGAGGCCAGGGCCUUGACUAGGGAUACAAGAGCCCCAAGCGAAGCCGUCUCCGUACGCUCAGAUGACAGCUCCGUCACCGGCGGCAAACCCCGUCGACGGAAACGGGAGAUUCUGGGCAGAGCGUUGAGUAACGUCUCAGCAGCAAGCGAGGAGGGUCUACCGGAUGCUCCUGAAGCUGAACCAGGCCGUCAAGGUACUAAAUCCCGAGCUUCCCCUCAACGGAAGGAGACCAACACUUCCCCAGCGACCACUAAUACCACAAAACGCAAAACCCGCACCUCCAAGAAAGACGAUAAAGGGGGUCCAGCACCAACGCAAAUUGAUUACCAGGACGUCGACUCGCGCAAAGCCCGACAGAAGUUGCUCUCCAAGCUCGGCGAUGGCGACCAGGAAGCCACCUCUACCGAUCUCGUUGCCACCGUUUCCUCCAUUAAGCAGCACACGGCACAGGAGCAGAAGACUGGCAUGUCGAUUGGAGACUUGGACGUGCUUGGUAGGGAUGUAGAGGAAAAUGAAGAGCAUGGCAAUGGGGGCCCGACGGGUUUAGUCGGAAGGGUAAUGAGGAGACCUGUAGGGAAGGCGGAGAAGGAGAAGGGGUAUGGAGGGAGGAGUAGGACUACGAGACGGUCGAAGGGGGUGUGA